UUCUGAAGGGGCCUCUCAGGAAGGGCGGCUAUGGGUCAUACUAGUUCUUCGUUGCCCCUCCCUCACAGGAGUCCUGGGUUUCACUUUCGAAAGAUGCGAUGGCUAAACAGAAAGGCCCUGUUCGGUCACUUGCAAUCAGACUAGACCUUGUGGUUGCUACAGUGACUGACCUGACAGGGUAUCGGGUGUGGGGACCUCUGGGAAGAAGACUGAGAGCCUGGAGGUCCAAUAGUGGUUGUCGAGGAACCAACCAUGACUUGGUUUCAGAGUCCACUGGUUUGGAGCAGAAAGGUAGGAAUUCCACCCGGCCCAACCUCCCUUCCUGCUUCCCCAGACCCCUGACUCUGUUUCCUCUUUCCUCAGGAAAAUUAUGGCACCAGCUGGGAGCUGCAAAUGCCCUUGGGGGUUCCAGUUGCUGCUGGAGUCCUAGCCCUUCUGGCCCUCUUGGCAUUGGCUUGUUAUUUUCUCAGAGAGGCCUGGAAGUGCAGAUGGAAACUUUGCCAUGAGGGCUGGACAUGUUCUCCAACUGGAAAGAGCCUACAGCUUGUCUUCGUCCACUGCCCAGAUCAGGGCCGGCUGGGGACCCUCUCUUCAGAGCCCCAUGGCGCUCCACUGCCUUCUCCACUGUCCUUCUGAAGGCCCAGGACAGCUCCUCAGCCUUGGGUCUGGAGUCCCCCAUGUUCCAGAGGAGGUGGCUGUGUCUGCCAGGCCCCCUGCACCUGUAACAGCUGUUAGUGUGGAUAAAGGGUUGAAUCCAUGUGAUAAUGUGGGGCGAGGGGUGGGUUCUCACCCCACGGGUGUGGGGCAUGAGGGAGAGGUGACGCUAGCAGAAGUGU